CAAACUUUGUUCUGAUUCAUGAUUCUUCAUUAUUCACAGAAUAGAACUCUGGAGGUAUUAUACUCACUCAGACUAUAUUCAGAAAGUAGUUGAUAAAGAAGAUUUCUAGAAUUUGAUAGCUACUUUGACACUGUUGUUCAAAAAUGUUGUCAACCAUAAAACAGUUGCAGAUUCUACAAAAAUUGUCACCAAUAUGUCCAAAGAAAUUUAGCUCAUCUUCAGUUAGCUUGGGAGAUGGUGUAACAAAAGUUUCAUUUAAGGAUGGUGUAAGGACAAUAACUUUGUCAGGCCCCUCACGGAAUGCUCUUUCCUUGAAGAUGAUGCGGGAACUGACAAACAAUAUAAUAGAAGAUGAAAACAAUGUAGCACUUAGAGUUAUUGUACUGAAAGCCGAAGGCCCCUUAUUUUCUGCGGGCCACAACCUGAAAGAGCUGACUUCUGACACUGAUAAGGAAACUCACAGAGCAGUUUUUAAAGAAGCAUCCAAGUUGAUGAUGAGUAUUCUUCAAAGCCCUGUACCAGUAAUUGCAUCUGUUCAUGGUCUAGCAGCUGCUGCUGGUUGCCAGCUGGUUGCUGGCUGCGACAUAGCAAUUUGUUCUGAAAAAGCAUUUUUUUCCACACCAGGCGCUCAGGUGGGCAUAUUUUGUUCCACACCUGGUGUUGCUCUGGUCCGUACCAUCCCUGCCAAAGUAGCUGCUGACAUGCUGUUUACUGGUGAUUCCAUUUCUGCUCAUCAAGCACUUCAGUAUGGACUUGUAAGCAGAGUAGUAUCAGAAGACAAGCUUGAUGAAGAAGUUUCAAAAGUUACCACAUCUAUAAUAUCGAAGAGCAGAGCAGUCAUUUCACUUGGCAAGAAAUUUUUGUACUCUCAAAUCCAAAAAGAUGUUUACUCAGCUUAUAGGCUUGGAGAGAAUGUUAUGACCAGCAAUAUAUCUAUGGCUGAUGCCCAAGAAGGAAUUAGUAGUUUCUUACAGAAAAAGAAACCUGUAUGGAAACAUACAUCUGACUGAUGGGACAUAAAGAUCCUUUUGUGAUAAAUUUUUGAUAUAUUUCAUUCCCUUUGUUUUUGUUAUCACUGUAUUUGUGUAAUAAAGAUUGUGUUUGUUAUAAA